GAGUUCUUUCAUGUUCAGGUGGACAGUAGUGGGUUAAUAAAAAGCUGAGGCUGUCCUUAAUUUAAUUCCAGCUUCUUUACUAGAUGAGUUAUUUUAUAAGCGUCUAUAUGCGGACUUUGGACAGGCUCUGUUACAGUGUGAGGCUGGGCAGAAGAGCAGCAGCAGUGAAGGGGUUAACUCGCUCGAGCUGAGAGCGAGAGAGGGAGCUGUGGGUGCUGGAUGCCCGAGCUCGUCUCUGAGCAUGUGCUGAUGGUACUGCUGCAGUGAAGUAAAAUGUGUCAGUUAGCAGAGGAGAGGGGGAGAGAGAGGCUAGCCGGGGGAAAUGCAGUGUGAGAAGGAACCGGCACGGCGAUUUUCCUGUUUUGUAGCCUCUCUUUCCACACACUACGAUGCGCUUCCAGAGGCCUGAUCCCAGCCGCUCUACGCCCGAAGAGUAAACAGACGCUGAACUCCCUCAAAGUUUGGAACAAAACAGUCAAGAUGGUCACCAUGGCAACAACGAUGACCCCAGAGCCACUGACGGCCUUGUCGCGGUGGUACCUGUACGCCAUCCAUGGCUACUUCUGCGAGGUCAUGUUCACGGCAGCUUGGGAGUUUGUAGUCAACUGCAACUGGAAGUUCCCCGGUGUGACAAGCGUCUGGGCACUCUUCAUCUACGGUACGUGCAUCCUCAUCGUGGAGCGCAUGUACCUGUGCCUGCGGGGCCGCUGUAACGUGCUUCUCCGCUGUAUCAUCUACACGCUGUGGACCUACCUGUGGGAGUUUGGGACUGGCCUGCUACUGCGGCAGUUCAACGCCUGCCCCUGGGACUACUCCGAAUUUAAGUAUAACUUCAUGGGGCUGAUCACGGCGGAAUACGCUGUGCCUUGGUUCUGCGCAUCCUUCAUCGUGGAGCGCCUGGUCAUCCGCAACACGCUGCGGCUACGUUUCGACGAAGGGUCUGAGGCUGGCCGGACUGGAGGACAGCCUGACUGUGGUGGAGAUGGUGGGGCAAGAGCAGGAAGUGAAGGAAGGAGAGGAAGAGGAGCCAGUGGAGCGGCAAGUAGUGCCAACGGCUACGUGAAGGUGGACUAAAUCGAGAUUGCAAGGGUAGUCAAGGAUGCAGCUGUUCCCUAGCCCAUUUCAAGGGUUUCCUUUCCUUGUGCCCUCAAUCUGUCCCCUUUGCCCCUCUGCUGUUAUAUCCAUCCACAUAUCCGUCCGGCUCUUUUCCCUGCACUACCCCCCCCUAUAUGAACAAUCUUUGGGCACAGUUGGUGUGGAACCAUGGAAAAAAAAAAACACAAAGCUUGGACAGAUAUCUUCCACAACUAUAAAGCACUAUUGUGGAUGUAUCUGUCUAAUUAUUUGUCUUUCUCUGUUUACACAGAAAAGAGUGUCUCCCCAGUCUCUCCACUAAUGCCCAAUGCCAACUCCUCAUGCCCCUCAUCUUCCAGCAGCUAUUUUAGACCAGGGAUGACCCAAAAGAGGAGCAUGCUAGAGCAAGCGUAGAUUUUAUCCACUUACUGUCACUGUCCGAAACCUCCAAGGCCAGUCCAUCCACCUCUAAAACAGAGAGGGAGAAAGAAAACAAACAAACAACCAAACAAAAAAAACAUGAGGACAUGUGUACUACUGAUAAAAUGGCAUCUUGAAUUAAAUAUAAAGAAAAGAAACAUGUUUGCAGAAAAUAUCAAAAGAACACUACUCAGAAUAUUUUUUAGCAUAUUAAAAAGUCUACAGUGUGUAGUAGCAAAAGUAAAUAACUGUUAGUAUAAAUACUUACCUUCUGAGGUUUAUUUGUUAAUAUUUAUCUGAUGAUAGUUAAGAAGUAACUAAACUAUAUAACAUAGGCCUAUAGUAAAUGGUAUACUGUGCCCUAAAGCAAUGCAUUGUACUUGAAUCUAUGGUUUUUAUACUAUAAGAAAAAAAAUCCCAGGGCUUGAACAUGCAUGAAGAGUGUCUUCCAGAAUUUUUCAUACAGAGUCAGAUCUGCAAUGUAUUCUGUAUAUAAAAAAGAACUGAGUGAUUUAUUUUUACUUAACCACAUGGACUAACACAGAGGAACACUGUAUUGUUUUCACUUGUAUCUCUUGUAAUGAAGCCUGCUGCUGAUUGUUAGUAUUGUAGAAUGAGUUAGAUCAAAAUAUCCUGUGAACAACACACUGGAGAGCGAGUGAGCGUUUUUAAAUAGGUGCGAAAAUCUUGAUCUGGUGCUAUGUUCUCACUCCGACCACACAAAAUAUCUCUGUAUGAAUAUUAAAGGGUCCAGACUUAAUGCACCAUAGUACCUGUGGGAAAAUGGGAAAAAAAAGAAGCAAAGCAGAACAGAUGUUAAGAAAAAUGGCUUGGCUCUAGAAUGAAAAGUGCGCAAGAACAAGUGUCAAGGACACCUUGUUAACAAGUCACUUUUCUGUCCAUCGAUUAAAGACUUGCUAUCUGCAUGGUAAAUUAUGGUUGAUGAUAAUGUCACAAAGCUUCAAACAUCUGUUUUUGAUUCUGUUGAAAGUGGCUGAUGAUGUUUUGUAUUAAAAACCUAAAUAUCCCAUCUGUUCAUUAAUUAAAGCCAUUAUUGCACCGUU